ACGCCGAGGGUCCGGAGGGUUAGUUCAGGUUCACUUCGGCUCCAGUGAGUGUGUCUUUCUCCAGGCAAGCGUAUGCACCUUCGGACAAGUGUGUGUACCAUAGGCCGGGUGUGCGUUGGCUAGGACAAGUGUAUGUGCCCGCGAUGCAUGAGUACAACACAGUGAAUACAGUUUGAACAAACAUACAUGGCCCCCUCCUGCAAAUGUAUAUAUUUUUUAACAUGGCAGGUGUUGUAUGAACAACCGUGGAUAGAAUGUGUGUACCAUUUACAAGUGUGGUGAUGAUCAUGUCAAGUGUGUGGUGGUGAGCAUUACGUGUCGAUUUACAUACAUUUAGUCUGGAGUAGAAGUGUUGGAGGAGACGUGAACAAUGAGCGCAUCAGGACAGGUGUGGUUGGAAGCGGACGCCACUGAGGGUGUGCUCAACCUGUCACCCAGCUGAGCUUGCUCAAGAUGUCGAAGAUGUACCUGGCAGCCUCGGCGUUGCUGGUGGGGACGGCGGUGAUGGCUGUGGUGCUCUUCGCGCUCCCUGCAGCUCACAGUCCCCCGCACCACCUCAGCGAACGUGACGACUGCUCUCUUUUCCAGAAGCAACUGGAGGAGCUUCAGGUGGGUCACCAGAGGACGAAUGUGCUGCUCAACAAGCUAUUGUGUCUAGCCAAGGAGGUGCUGCCAUCAGGCGGUUUCUGUCUUGAUAACAACAAAUUAGUUGUUGGUGGUAACAACAUGUGGAGUGGCCAGCUGUGCGCGGGCUUGGAGCAGCUCUUCGGCAACACCACCGUGGCCGACCUCGGGGCGGGCCUGGGCCACUACGGCAGGUGCUUCCUCCGCAGGUCAGAGGGCAUACUGAACCACCCCAACAAGGUGGAGAUUGAAAAUAUCAACAAAGAUUACCUGCACCAAAUGGCGCGGGCGGGACUCCACGGUACCCCACAAGUCAUCAAGUCGUGGCACGGAUGGGAUGGAGCGGCGAACAUCGAUGAGUUCACCAACGGGAGGAUAGCGUCAGCGGACCUCUCCAGCCCCGCGACCCUCGGGGGUCCCUUCGACUGGGUGAUGAGCCUGGAGGUGGGAGAACACAUCCCAGAGUCCGGCGAGAAGAACUUCCUGGACAACCUGGUCAAGCACGCCUGCGUGGGAGUGGUGUUGUCGUGGGCGGUGCCGGGGCAAGGGGGACACUCCCACGUCAACUGCCGCUCCAACGACUACGUCAGGAAGGAGAUGGCCGCCCAGGGACUGGAGUCGGAUAAGCUCGCAGAGGUGAAGCUGCGGAAAAACGUCGACCAACUCACCUACUUCAUGAACACCCUCAUGGUCUUCAGGUACCCCAAGAAGAGGUGCUGAGGUCCGUUCCGUCUCCUCCAACUCCUUCUUUGAAUUAAAUUUAUUAAUUUGAAAGCUAAAAAAAAAUUCUAAACACUUGUUUUGAUCACCUAUACUGACCUUCCAAGGGUG